CUUUCGUUGCGCUGCUCCACAUCCAGUGCUUUUAAUGUGCUGGAGUAGCCUCUAAAAACCAGAUUUUUCUGGUUUCGCGAGAGGCGCAGUUGUCGAGUGUAAAACCAUUAAAACGCGAGAUAAAUGAAGCUGAAGAAGCAACAUAUAAAAUAUGAGUCGAAAGGGAACGCAAGAUCGAAAUGAUAUUCCGCUAAUCAUUGGUACUCUACCAAAACGGCUGCAAAACAAAAUUGCUGCGAGUUGUAGCAGCGCAGCAGAAGCUGAGGACGUAGAAAAUGCUGAGCCAGAGCCAGCGACUAUACAGAGGCAGAUUACCAUUUUGAGCAAGUCAUCCGCUAAAUGCAGCAAUGUGGCCAAAACACCCGUUUUGGAUACCAGCGGGUCAGAAAAUAGGCCAAAGGAUGUAAAUUGUAUACCAGGGAUACUGAGGCUGAGCGCCAUCGAACAAGUGAGCGAUAACAGGAAGGGUGGGACCAGUGCUGGACGCAGGCGCGCACGUACGCAUCCAGCUAGGAUGCACGAACGUACCAGGGAUCAGCAGAAAGCCCUGUCACCACUGUCAUGUGUCCGCCUGACCACCGAUCAUCCUCUUUGGUUCGAUCAGCUACUGGAAAUGCCCGAUGGCCGGAACAUUAUACAACUAUACGAUCAGCUAAUGGUGCUUCAGCACCGUAAUCUGAUACUAAUCAACUGGAAAAACUUUUGCUAUCUGCAUGACCAGCUGCAAGAUGCGUUCACACGCCUAUUGCUUGAACAUCUAAAGUUUGUGUGUGAACACAAGGUGGACGCUUUCUUUUGGAAAUUUCUCUUCUAUAACGUUCGGGAGUACUUGAAGCGACAGCACACGGAGGUGGCAAAGUCCCACAUACUGCUGUUGAUCGAUCAAGCCGUUAAAUUCUAUCGCAUUCUGUACGACAAAAUCAUGGCAAAGUACAUUUCAUCGCGUUGCGAAAGCGCAGUCAAGGUGGUUGCUCAACGUUUGCUUAUCUGCCUGGGUGAUUUGACGCGCUACCGUGCUUGCUACCUACAAAAUACCGACUAUGUGGAGGCCAGCAAAUACUACCUGCGCGCGCAGGAAUUGGUGCCAGGCAAUGGCGCCCCAUAUAAUCAGCUUGCUAUAAUUGCUAUCUACCAUCAUAAAAGAUUCGAUGCUGUUUAUUAUUAUAUGCGUAGCCUGCUAACUUCCAAUGCAAUACAAACUGCCAAGGAGAGUCUUUUGGACGUUUUUGAUGAAAUACGGCGAAAGUAUGAGGAGACCGAGAUGAAACAAUCACCUCAACAUCGUCCCGCAACGCCCAAAAAAUCCAAGCAAAUGCGCAAAGAGGUGUGGAUCUAUCCAGAUGGUGUGCGACGUCUACAUCGCACCGAUGUCAAGAGCAAGUUGAAAAACAAAGCUACCGUGGCCGAGCUAAAUCGCUACGAAGAUAUGGCUCCAGAUGAGCUUCUGCCACGUGCUCUCUCAAUCUAUCUAUAUUUAAUUGGCAAACUUUACACGGGCAUUGAUGUGGAGUGCAUGUAUCAGCAACUGAGGAAACUACAAAUACAGUUUACGGCCGUUUUGAAACACGAUAAUUUGCUGACGCGCAGCAAACUCUUGAAAAUGGCUGCUCUGAACAUUUUUGUAAUUGAGCACAACAAACGCAAGGCCUCAUGUCGGGAGAUGCGAUACCAUAGCUUCAAUUUCGCCAACUCGAUUUUCGGUCUCAUUUUGAGCAAAGCAAAUCAGCUCUUCACUGCAUUUCCUGAGGAGCAGACAGAUCCGCAACACUUUGGAAAUAUUAAAUACGCGCCCCUAAACACAUAUCUUCAGUUUAUUAAAGUAUAUGUGCAAUGGCUGGCUAUUAAUGUGGACAUUUGGGAGCCUGUACGCACAGAAGAACAUUCUUUCAUCGAUUGCUGGAGCGAACUGCAAACUCUUUUUGAUAACAUUGAGUCGAUACGGAACAAAUUUGGAGAAAACGAGCUGCGUAGUGUGAUGCCGGUUAUUUUAGAUGAGGAUAUUGCCCUGAACGGGUUUGAUCCACUAGGUCGCGACACUGGCAGCAAGGAGUGCGGCCCACGAGAUUCUGAGAGCACGCAAUUUCUGGAGCGCAUUAGAAAAAUUGCACAGUUUCAAGAAUGCUACCAGAAACACCAGGAUUCAUUGCAACAGCCUCUAAACUCCAGUUUCACCAUUGAGGAUUUGAAUACAGCUAUGGAAGUAGCUCUGAGUGAUUUUGGUGCCGAAGACUGUGCAAGAGUCGUGGGUACAGCAACCGAUAAUAAAGGGGGAAACACGAUCGUGAAGGAGCAAUAUGAGAGCUCGUCAUCGGGCGAUAGCGAUGUGUCGCAACUUUGUAAAUUAAAGAAAGAGCUGGAGGCCAAGGCGAAGGUCAAGCAAAUUUGCAAUAGCAAAUUAGAGGAAAUACUCAAAUUUGUUGACACCAAAUUAUAUAUUGAGGUGCGACCGCGUUACUUGUUGCCAGACACAAAUUGCUUUAUUGAUUGCUUGGAGGACAUAGAGAAACUGUCACUGGAGUAUAAGCGGUACACCGUAAUAAUACCGCUAACGGUAGUCAAAGAGUUGGAUGGUCUUUCCAAGGGCGUAAAAUUGGAAUCAUAUCACAACUCGAAACAAAUGCAACGUAUCCAUCACUUUGACGAAGUUUCUACGCGGGCUAAAAAGUCGCUGGAAUUUAUUAAAUCUGCCAAGAACAAUGUCAAAUGUGCCACCACAAAGGGCUCUAUAAUCAAUGCAUCGCUCUUUGCACUGGUCGAGGAAGAAUAUGCCUCCAAUGAUGACAAAAUCCUUGCAACUGCAGUUGCUGUAUCAAAAACCGCAAGCUCUGAGCAAUGUCAAGAUGGGAAAUGCUUCAUACAAACUGAACUGGUACUAAUUACCACCGAUCGCAACUUGCGCGUGAAGGCGCUCUCGCGUAAUCUGGCCGUAAGCACACUGGACGAAUUUAUACAAUGGGCUAAGGACUGCCGUGACACAACCUGAAGAGUUGGCCUAGAAAUACGGUCCGUGCUAACAAUGGAACCCUGUACAUCCACCUGCACAUGCCUGCCUGCCCAUCGAGGAAAGCGAGCGUGUAUUUUUAUAUUAGCGGCAUUGUAUUUGACUAUGUUUGGUAGUCGCAACCUCUGCAUAUUACGAAACAAAUGGGAUGGAGUAGGGACAGAGAUACAGAUACUGUGUUGCGGUGGGCGUGGCUAUUGCCGAACCAAAUUCUUUACGUACAUAUAUGGUCGUCCGGUCAAACACAUAUCAACUUUUAUUCCCCCCAUAAUAUUUAUUCACAUGUGAAUUUUGUGACUUUCGGUAAAAAUAAAACAUUUGGAUUCUUGUUUAAUUUAA